GGCUAACUUGCUAAGCAAAGGGGUCUCCAUCAGCAGGAGGUGGGGAAGACUGCGGGCAGCAGAGAGAGGCAGUCAAAUCAAGGGACCGAACCUUCCCUGGAGAAAAAAAAGUAAACUGCUAUUAGAAAGGCUACACGAUGUCCGAUUUUGACAGCAACCCGUUCGCAGACCCGGACUUCAGCAAUCCCUUCCAGGAUCCUUCGGUGACGCAGGUGACCCGGUCUGCCCCUCCUGGUGGUCUGGAGGAGUAUAACCCCUUCACAGACGCCAGAACGGCAGCCCCUGGAAAUACCCCCAAAUCGACUCCUGCUCCUUCCCAGAACACACAACCUGCCAUCAUGAAGCCCACAGAAGAACCGCCGGCUUAUUCACAGCAACAGACUCAGGACCAAGCACGUGCUCAGGCUGAGUUGUUGAGAAGGCAGGAGGAGUUGGAAAAGAAAGCAGCAGAGCUUGAUCGUCGGGAGAGAGAGUUACAGUCCCACGGAGCCGCGGGAGGGCGUAAGAACAACUGGCCUCCACUACCAGAGAAGUUCCCCGUUGGCCCAUGUUUCUACCAUGAUAUUGCAGUGGACAUUCCUGUAGAAUUCCAGAAGACGGUCAAGAUCAUGUACAACCUUUGGAUGUUUCAUGCAGGCACGCUCUUUGUGAACAUGUUCGGCUGCCUGGCCUGGUUCUGUGUGGAUUCAUUUCGUGGCGUAGAUUUCGGCCUGGCCAUGCUAUGGUUUCUGCUGUUCACCCCCUGUUCUUUUGUCUGCUGGUACAGACCGCUUUACGGGGCUUUCAGGAGUGAUAGUUCAUUCCGCUUCUUUGUCUUCUUCUUCGUCUAUAUCUGUCAGUUUGGAGUUCACGUUCUACAAACUAUUGGCAUCACUGGCUGGGGAACGUGUGGUUGGAUCGCAGCUUUAACUGGUCUGAACACCAGUAUCCCAGUGGGCAUCAUCAUGUUACUGAUCGCAGCUCUGUUCACCGCACUGUCUGUGAGCUCUCUCAUUAUGUUUAAAAAGGUGCACGCACUCUAUCGUACCACUGGUGCUAGUUUUGAGAAGGCUCAGCAGGAGUUUGCAACUGGAGUCAUGUCCAACAAGACGGUUCAGACCGCAGCUGCCAACGCUGCAGCUAAUGCUGCAUCCAAUGCUGCACGUGGGGCCUUCAAAGCUCAUCCAUAAACUGACACACAGACGCAUACACACGAACACACGCGAACACGCACACGUACACACACACACAUUGACGGAGAUGCACAGCUCUGGCUUCUUAGAUAAAAGUGAUUUUAUUUAUGAAUGUUGCAAUGCUAAGAUUGCCCUGCACACUUUGCUUAAAAAGUGUAACAUAAAUAACAGACAAGUGACCAGAGCUGUCCAUCCUCCCUUAAAAUCAUAUAUCAGUAAAACUCUCCUACAUCCACUCUGUCUGUUUUUCAGUCAGGUGAGUGCUCACAUCCCAUCCAGUUAGUGACCCCAGGUGUGCUCUGGGUGUGUGGGAUUUCAUCUCGCACUCUCUUACUCACUCCUUUGCUUUCCCUGUUCUUCUGUCCCCUCGAGGUGAUCCUAGGUCAGGCAGAGAUCGCAUUUCUAGCAUACCUUAUUUUUGUCAUGGUGACGACCUCCAAACAGCUUCCUGCCUGGUUAAGUAUAGAGUCAUGAAAAGUGAUAAUCUGAUCAUGGUGUUUUGCACAUAGUUCUGUUUUCUUGGUCACAUACUGAAAGUACAGUAUAUGUUUGAAUGGCUGGAGCUGCGUGUGAAUGUGUCCUUCACUUUAAGAAAAUUGUGGCUCUGACUUGGGUUUUUUUGGUGUUUUGUUUUGUUUUUUUCGAUAAUCCAGUGCUCGAUCAUAGAGAUCUGAAAGGCACAUUUCACCUUCUUCUAAAUCGGUGCAAUACCAUUCUCAUUAUGGUAAAGCAAAAUUCAUAUAAAUAGGAAUAUGUCUGUAUGUUCUUAUUUAAGGACCUGCCCACAGCCCCCCUACAGAGCUCCAGUGACACCUGUCAGUUGAACAGCUCCCUCUCUGUGUGCUACUUUGAUUGGCAAAGUGGGCUGGGUCGCUUACUAAGAUCUGACAGCAUGAAAAUGGCAUGCAUGUUUAGCACACUCGAGGCAGAAGCGAUUCUGUCCACUGUCAGCCUUUUCUCAGGCUACAGGGGUAGCUGGUUCAGGGGGAUGUCUGCCUCCUUAUUUUCCUUCAGUUUCUGUGAGAAGUAAGCUAUGAAGUUGUUGCAUGUCCAAGUAGCUGUUUGACUGAGUGAUGAUAUUUGGAUCUGUUUGUGAAGACACACUGAACACCCAGGUCACCAGUUCUCACCACAAACUUAAAAAAGGUAUAGUCAAAUGCUUUCGUGGCCUGGUGCACUAAAAGGGGAAAGCACCUGUGAAAUUAUCUAAUUUUCUUUCAAUACAUAUGACAGUAACAGACUACUAUGUGGCUCUCCCUUAGUUGUUUAUGUAGCCUGUCAUAUUAAAAACUAACGCUGCUAUGACUGAGCUGCUUGGUCGUGGCCUCCUGCUGUCAUGUUUCCUCAUACCUUACAUAGUGAGAACUGUGAGAAGUGACCUUCCUUCUCUCACUGAAGAUGACCUGGACAGUGAUAAAGCUAUGAUUUUAUUUUAUUUUAUUUUAUUUAUUUUUUUGUUGUUGCUGAGAUUAUCCUGUAUACGCGAAAUAGUAAAAGCACUGAUACUGUGCAUAUGUACUCUGCAAUGACUAACAGUCCAUUUGCAUUUUUACAGACAAAAAAAAAAAGUCAGUCUACUGAUUUUCCUGUCAGUACUG